GGCAAACUGUGAUUAUGUGUGUUUGUGCAUGUGCUUGAGUGUGUGUGCACCCUUCUGUGUCUGUCUGAAUAAUGCAGCAGGAGUAAUAUUAGAACUGAGCAUGUGCAGGAGAUGUCUACCCCUCGCAAAACCUCUAAAUUCCUCUAAACAUAUACAUCUCUCUCUCUCUCUCUCUCUCUCUCUCUCUCAUUGGGCAGGGCUGUAAGUACACUGGGCAAGUGAGACAGAGAGAGAAGGGGAGAGAGAAAGGGGAAGGGAGAGAGAGUGUAACUGGAAAGGAGACAGAGGGAGAGUGGAAAGAGAGCGCGGAGGGUGCUUGCCCGGAAGGAGAUUGAGUGGCAGUGAAGAAGAGAGAGAGAGAAAGGGUGGUGCCUCAGGGAAUUAGAAACAGGGUGAGGCAGCAGAGUGAGAGGAGAGAGCAGUGUGCGUGUGACUGGAGGGAUCCAGACAUGGGACUAGCGCUGCAAUGACAACCAUGCUUAGCCCUAAAAACAGACAGACACGCAGGGCCCGCUCUAAGAGCAUGGUGCUGGGCCGCUGCAGUUCUCCUCUAGGCCAGGAGAUGACGUUGAAGGCCGGCUGGCUGAAGAGACAGAGGAGCAUCAUGAGGAACUGGCAGCUGCGGUGGUUCGUUCUCCACACUGAAGCACUGUACUUCUAUAAGGACCAGGAUGAGACUAAACCUCAGGGAUGCAUCAUUCUCCAGGGCAGUCAGGUCAGUGAGCUGUCGGCCAAUCAGGAUGAAGCUGGUCGCCACCUGUUUGAGAUUGGUCCAGGAGGCAGUGGAGAGAGGGAUCGUUCAGGUCUGAGCGAGUCUUUCCUGUUGAUGGCUAAGUCUCAGAGUGACAUGGAGGAAUGGGUCAGAGCCAUACGAAGAGCUAUAUGGGCCCCGCUAGGAGGAGGUAACACACACACACAUGCUCAUACACAUACUCAAACACAAAUACACACACACACACACACCCACAAACAUGUAAAGUCCUGUAAGAGCAAGUUGAUUGUGUGUGUGUGUGUGUGUUCUUGGAAUCUGGGUGUCAUUGCUCUAGGUAUUUUUGGGCAGCAUUUAGAGGAGACAAUGCAGUGUGAGAGUGGGUGUGGCAGCAGCAGCAAGCCUCUGGUGCCUCUGCUGGUGCAGCAGUGUGUGUGUUUUAUACACCAGCACGGCCUAACGGAGGAGGGGCUGUUCAGAAUGCCUGGACAGACCAAUCACGUACGAGAGCUGCAGGACGCCUUUAACUGCGGGGAGAAACCACUGUUUGGCAGUAACACUGAUGUCCACACGGUGGCGUCCCUGCUGAAGCUGUACCUCAGAGAGCUGCCAGAGCCUGUGGUGCCUUUCAACAAAUACACAGAGUUCCUCUCCACUGCUCAGCUCCUGGCCAAGGACCAGGAGGAGGGGAUCCUUGAGCUGGGCAGGCAGUUGAAGAGUCUUCCUCAGGUCAACUACAACCUUCUCAGAUACGUCUGCAGAUUCCUAGAUGAGGUCCAGUCCCACUCAAGUCAGAACAAGAUGAGUGUUCAGAACCUGGCCACUGUGUUCGGGCCCAACAUCUUCCGACCCAAGAUGGAAGACCCACAAAUCAUGAUGGAGGGUAGUUCCCAGGUGCAGCACCUGAUGACUGUACUGAUCAGUGAACACUCUCGUCUGUACCAGGGGCAGGCAGAGACUCCCAGGGAGGACCAAUCUGCCCCUUCUCCAACUCCCUAUCCCCGGGUCCCCCCGAUUCAGCGCUGCAGGGUGGAAUGGCUCUCACAGGAGGACAUCCUGCCCCCCAACCCCGCCAAGGACUAUCCAUCCCUGGAACAGACCCCUAACACCCCAAGUCAGGAACCACUUCAACCCCUCCCGACCUCCGCAGUGUCCUCUCUUGACACUGACCGCCCUGGAUCAACCCCCAAGGAAAGAACAGAGGGAGAUUCUGAGGGAAUGAAUGGUGGAAGAACAGAAGAAAAGACGGAGAGAAAGAGUGAAGGAAAGAGCGAAAUAAAACUCUCGGGUGGUAGUGGCGCAGACCUCGGCCCCAGUAAACAGUCCAAAAGCCAGUCUUCAUGGAGGUCCUCUUUGAAGGGUAGGUCCGGGUCAGGGGGGGUAAGGGGGAAGUUGGGGGGGUCAGCAGUUGAUGUGUCGACAGUCACCGGAGGCCACUGGCUGAUGAAUGGUCUGACGUCCUUCCGGAGUCACCGACGGACCGCUUCGACUGGCGAACGACUCAAAGAGUCCUCGCUUUGCCUGAAAGAGACACAUAUAGAUUCUCUGCUAGACUCAUAUACUGAGUCCUCUUUGUCACUAAAAGUCUCCCAAAGAAGCACGCUAAAAGACUCAUCUCCUUUACAUAUAGACUCCUCCUGUUCUACUAUAGUCUCCUCCUGUCCCAAUAUAAAGCCCUCCCAAUCUGUCAGAAACUCCCCCCAUUCCAACAGGCUCUCGACCUAUGACAACGUUAAUGUCACUCCCUGCAGUCUGAGCUUGCCCAUUGGCAGCCCCUCCCCCUGGACCUCUUGUGAGAUCCCAUUGGCUGAAUCUACAGGAAAUGAGCACGGGACACUGAUUUCUGGUUUAGGGUCAGGGCAGUCUGUGGCAGGGCCCGCGAUACCUGGGGACAGUAGCUCUCCUCUAGAGCUGUGUGUGAGCAGCGCUGACUGGAAUGAGGGUGACCCUGGGGAUGGCAUCACAGGUCAGAGGUCAGGGGUCAAUGAGGGUCUGUUCAGCCUGGUGACAGAGUUGAAGGAGGAGCUGAGGAGACAGAGGAUCAGCUAUGAGACACGCAUAAACAAGUUAGAGGAUUCGUGUUCAGGUCUUCGUCUCCAGUCUGGUCGUUUAGAAGAGGAUCUAGGCGAGGAGAAGAAGAGGUUAUUCAUGUUAGAGAUCCAACUGGGGAACUCGGAACGCGCAAGGCAAGAUGCUGAGACUCGGAAUGUUCUCCUGCAGAAAGAGAUGGAAGAGUUAUUUGCUACACUGGGGAACCUGACCACUGGCACAGAUACCAGCUAGACCUGAGCAGACAGCAUUAGCCCACCGAGCAAAAGCCUACAAACUGGGCACAAACUGAAUGACUCAUUGUUGUUUCAACAUGAUAUGUCAACGUAUAGCGACAUGGAAUUUAUGUGAAAAAUGCAUUAGAUUUGAAAAAAGUAAUGAACGUAAAAUGUUGUUUUGAGGGUGAUAUUUCAAACAUGGGAUUAUCAUCAUGGUAACCAAAUUUCAACAUAGACAAACCUUGUAUCAAAUAUGUUGAACUUGUACCUUUAAGAAAACAUCAGAUCUUCAACCUUAUGUCCACAAUAAAAAAAAUAACUAUA